CGGCACGAAAACUUUGUUUUUAUUCUCUGCUCCUCUUCUUUUCCCCUACCCGUUCUAAGGUUUUCUUCUGCUAAAUUACUUCAAUUUUAGUUCAAUUGAUCGAUCCACACAGAACCACAUCAUGGACGUGAGCGCGGGUGAUCUCAAUGCUCCACACUCGAUGGGAACCACAAUCAUCGGUGUCACCUACGAUGGCGGGGUUGUUCUCGGCGCGGACUCUCGAACCAGCACUGGAAUGUAUGUGGCGAACAGGGCGUCGGAUAAAAUCACCAAGUUGACUGAUAAUGUCUACAUGUGUCGUUCUGGCUCGGCUGCAGAUUCACAGAUUGUUUCUGAUUAUGUCCGCUACUUUCUCCAUCAACACACGAUACAACUUGGGCAGCCGUCAACUGUCAAGGUUGCUGCAAACCUUGUCAGAUUAUUAUCUUACAACAACAAGAAUAUGCUGCAAACUGGUCUCAUUAUUGGUGGAUGGGACAAAUAUGAAGGUGGUAAAAUAUAUGGAAUUCCUCUGGGAGGGACAAUCUUGGAGCAACCUUUUGCUAUUGGAGGAUCUGGCUCCAGUUAUUUGUACGGAUUCUUUGACCAAGCAUGGAAGGAAGGGAUGACCCAAGAGGAAGCUGAGCAAUUAGUGGUGAAGGCAGUCUCUCUUGCUAUUGCUCGGGAUGGUGCUAGUGGUGGUGUUGUUCGGACUGUGACUAUUAACUCAGAAGGGGUUACAAGGAAGUUUUACCCAGGUGACAAGCUGUCUCUGUGGCAUGAGGAGCUGGAGCCUCAGAACUCACUGUUGGAUAUUUUGUCGACAGGCAGUCCUGAACCAAUGGUCAGUUAGAUCCAAAUUGUUGAGCAUCAACUGGUAGUUGAGCACACUCGAUUACCUAUCAAAAAAAGUUGAGCACACUGGAUUACAUGUGAUGAACUGUACUAUUUUUCUUGGAAAUCUUUUGCUCGUUCUUACAUUGUUGGAGGUUAAUUAAAUUCUGUUUCAGCAGUUGAAUGGCUCCCAUAUCUUUGAUUUACUCCUUGAAACCGACUUUUUGGCUUAUUUUCAAAAUAUCCAUCUUCUGUGGAGACAUUAAAAUCGUGUAUACUGAUAACAGGGUAUUAUGGGCCUUCCAUGGGAGCAUGGAUUCUUUGUU